AUGAGCUGUUUGGGCUCUACAACAAAAAAACUGUUGUGCGCAUUAACUGAAUCGCUAUUUACAGUGCAGAACACAUUUAUUAAUCAUCAGCAUUCUGAAUAUUCCGAGCUUAGGAUCGUCAGAAACUUUAUUUUUUGGGAUUAGUUGACAUUUUUCAUAGUAACAUUUUCAUCAACUUGCAUUAAUUUAAAGUUUGCAUUAAAAUGGAAAAUAAUUUCUCAUUUGAAGUACUUGCAGAUAUGAACCUGGCUUACGAGCUCUUGUGCAAUGGAAGUAAAGCGGCUCGCUUGUAUGAAGUGAGAUAUCCAAAUUGUAGGCAUCAUACAACCUUUUCUUCUAUCCAUCGUCGCCUUGGAGAGACUGGGUCACUAAGACGUCCUGGUGAGGCUUGUCGGCCACGAACAGCUCGUACAGGUUAGGUUGAAGAAGAAGCAUUACAUCAUGUGGAACGAAAUCAAUCUACAAGUGUUCGUGCAAUUGCACACCAGUAUAUAUCAUCGAGUAAUUCGGAAAAGGAACCUCCAGGAACAACUUUUGGACAACUUUGAACAUACAAGCUUAAAAUCCCCAAGAUCGUAUGGUUUUUGAAUCGUAACGAAGCUGAUUUCGAAAGAAUAUUGUUUUCAGAUGAGGCAUGUUUUACGCGCGAUGGUUACUUCAAUACCAGAAAAGCCUAUUUGCCUCGAUUAUGCCGAAACAUCCCUAUAAAUCUUACAAAUAACAUGUGGUUUCAACAUAACGGGGCACUUCCACAUUUUGUGCAAACGUGCGCUAGUAUUUAGAUCAGCGAUCGUUCGAGAUCUAACGAUGGAUUGGAAUAGGAGGUUCCGUUGCCUGACCCGCACGUUCUCCUGAUCUGAACCCCGUAUAUUUUUUCCUUUGGAGUGAUCUGCAAAGUUUGGUCUUCGAAAUAUAAUAAUAUAUAUAAUAAUGAUUAAGCCGCACUGUAAACAGCGCUUCAGUUAAUGAGCAAAGUAACACUAGAGCCCAAACGGCUCAUUUGCGGGCAUAUGUUUACUGGACAAAAAAUAUUUGUUUUGAUGUCCCCUACCACCCUUUGAAGUUUGUCGGUAUAUUGUUUUAUGUAAAGGUAAAACAGCAAAUAGUAACUAAAAAUUCUACAGAUUGAAAUAACGUAAGUACAGUUCAUAUAUUCUUUUUAGUUUUUUAGGCGGUAUGCUAUCCGAAUAAUGUUAUGACUUCGUGGGUUUAUUUCUCACAAUUUUACAUCUCUCUGUUAUUGCAUUCCUGUCAAUUAAAUAUUGCUUUGGAUAAACCCUUUUUAAUAUGGUGUACUAGGCAACAUCGGCGAGCCCUAUAUUCACCCCAUGGUGGCUCGUGAGGGUAAAGGCGGUCGCGUGGGCCCCAACUACCCGGCGUGGGGAUGAAAGUGGGGGUAAAAACGUGACCGAGCGCCGUUUGGGCCGUCGUUUGAUCAACAGGGUAAAACACUUUCGCCAUACGAACUGUCGCUGAUACACGCGCACCGCAUCAGCUGACGGUCGUUUUGACACGCGACUUCGCUUCCGAUUUUUCCAAUUUUCUUUCUCUGUGAUUAAAGUGACCAUGGACCAUUCGUUAUCGCAGAACAACUCGUUACAUUGGGGAUAUUCGUCUCCUAACACUGCCUCCUCUUGGCAGCCGGUUACGAGAGGUACCAAAAGACCUCUAUCUGAAAGUGAUUGUGAUGAUGUUUAUUCAGAGGAAUCAUCUAAAGACCAAUGUACAUCUCCAGGUGAAACAGAUAGUUGUCAAAUGCUCUCACGGAAAAAACGACGAGGAGUAAUCGAAAAGAAACGCCGUGACAGGAUUAAUAUGUCACUCUCAGAACUAAAAAGACUUGUCCCAAGUGCCUUUGAAAAACAGGGUUCAGCUAAGCUUGAAAAAGCUGAAAUCUUACAAAUGACUGUGGACCAUUUAAAAAUGCUUCAUGCCAAAGGACUGGACUCCUUCUCUUUUGACCCUCAUAAGUAUGCUGUUGAUUACCACGGCAUGGGUUUCAGGGAGUGUUUAGCAGAAGUAACUAGAUAUCUUGAAAGAAUCGAGGGUAUGGAUGCUCAGAACCCCAUGCGUUUAAGGCUAACCUCACAUUUACAGUGCUGCGCAGCACAAAAAGAAUUGGCAUUAAAGCAAGCUGCCACACCAUGGAGCUAUGGCAGUUCUCAAUCAUAUCCACCUCCAUUAAAUCCUCUCUCAUCUCCCAACCACUCAAAUCUAAAUCCUCAUCAGCCUCCGCCACUUCCACCGGUAGUUCAUCACCAAAACAUGCAUCAUGAUUUGGGACACUAUGAUGUUUCAACUUCUUGUGCGCAGAGCAUACCGCCAGUGCCUUCUAGUGAUAAUAGUCGCCUGGCUCCCCCAUCCACUUCCUUACUUACACCAUUAACUACUACGACAUCGUCUGCUCUUGCUUAUAGCCCUCAUCAUCAGUACCCUCCACCAGUUAAUACUUUUGGAUUACCACCAAGUCACCACCAGAACUACAGCCAGAUUCCUACGUCUCAGGGGAUGAAACCUUAUAGGCCGUGGGGGGCAGAAGUUGCCUACUGAUUUAUAAAGUGUAUAUAGAGAGUGUAUAAAAGAGUUUUAUUUUAUAUAAAAAAGAUUAUAUUAUUAAAGUGACCUCACAAGUUGUGCCUGUUGCCCUUUUAUAGUGUAAGGAGUUUUGAACAUAUCAGGAAAAUUUGAUAAGAAGUGAUACAUCAGACAAAGUAUUUUUUGUGAUAUUUCGGAUUUAAAAAAGUGUCAACAAUCUGGUCAAAAGUGAUAAAUAAGCACAAGCACAGUAGAGGCUUUAGUCAUUUUCUGUACCUAAUAGGUUUAAUUUAUUUUGUACAUAUUUCUUU